GCCAGGGAUCUGCAGGCAGGUGCUGUUGCCUCGCGCCACUGCCGCCGCCGCCGCUGCUGCUGCAUUAGCUAGGAGACCAGAAGCGCGUUCACGGGAUGGCUUCUGCAACAGACCCUCGCUAUGGCCAGAAGGAAUCCUCAGACCAGAACUUUGACUACAUGUUCAAGAUCCUGAUCAUUGGCAAUAGCAGUGUUGGUAAAACUUCCUUCCUCUUCCGGUACGCCGAUGACUCCUUCACUCCGGCUUUUGUCAGCACCGUUGGCAUUGACUUCAAAGUGAAAACCAUCUAUCGCAAUGACAAGCGCAUUAAACUUCAGAUCUGGGAUACAGCAGGGCAGGAACGAUACCGGACUAUCACCACUGCCUAUUAUCGAGGGGCAAUGGGUUUCAUUUUGAUGUAUGACAUCACCAAUGAAGAGUCCUUCAAUGCUGUCCAAGAUUGGUCAACUCAAAUCAAAACCUACUCAUGGGAUAAUGCCCAGGUACUGUUGGUGGGUAACAAGUGUGACAUGGAAGAUGAGAGGGUUGUCUCAUCAGAGCGAGGACGUCAGCUUGCUGAGCACUUGGGAUUUGAGUUCUUCGAGGCCAGCGCGAAGGACAACAUUAACGUGAAGCAAACCUUUGAACGUUUGGUGGACAUCAUUUGCGAAAAGAUGUCCGAAUCACUGGAUGCAGCUGAUCCAGCUGUGACCGGUGCCAAGCAGGGCCCACAACUGACCGAUCAACAAGCUCCUCCCCACCAGGAUUGUGCCUGUUAAGAGACUUUGGUGUGGAUACCCUGACUUUACCUGUCCCACCCACCUUGCCUGCCUCAUGUCUUGCAGUAACCAGAGCCCCUAGAUUCUUGACAGUUUGUGCUCUCUGUCUUCCCUACCGCCACCAACACACACACACCAUUUAGCUAUCCCAUUGCUUAUCCUUUUGGGGUAGGUGGUCGAGACUCAAACCCAGAGCUUCUCCACCUCUCUGUGUGGGCCUUUGAAUGCUUCAAAAGUUACUCCCUUUAAUCUUUGGGUGGAUAGAAGCUCUAUCUUCCUGUACGCUCCCCUUACCCCUCCCCCCAGGGUCCAAGUUGAUGAGCGUGAAAAAAGGGGGGGAGGGGGCAGCGCUGGAACUUUUAACUGUUCUUAGUGGGGUUUUAUUUAUUUAUAUAUUUAUAAUGUUCCCAUUGACACCUUUGAACAUUCUUUCCCUCUUCCUGCUUUGUAAGCACCCCGAUUCCACUGUAUUUUCCUGCACUCGGUAUGGACAAAAAUAGAGGACGUCCCGAGAUUCAAGGGGAUCUGGGUGUGUCCUUCGCAGGAAGGAAAAUAUAUCUGUCAGAAGCAUCUGUCUCUUUCCUCCUGACCGCUGAUCAUGGGCUGUAGAGAAAAAAUAAUAUUGUUGAGGCAAACUGAGUUAUUUGGGAACUAUCCCAUUACCAGCUCUGAAUUGGGCUAGGUUUUUGUAAUGCUGUGAAGUGAGAUUAACCUCAACGCUCCCUCUCGUUUAGCUCCAGUUCGUGCCUGCUUCUUGCAUGCUGUUUAUCCUCUACCAUGAAUGAAAAUAAUAGGUUUUAAGGUGAAUACCUUUCUUCACAGAAUGGCAGGGAUUUCCAACUUAAAACUGUACUUCUUGUCACGCUGGAUUCUAAGGCACUUACGAUCACUCUAGGUCUAGUUGAACCCGGUCACUUAGCAAGAAGAGGCUUGCAUGGGUAGAUCCUUUUUCCACUCAGGUAGAAGAGGAAAAGGCCUCCCUGCAUUUAGAAGAUGACCAUAUUUAGAGAAACGAUAAGAGUAGAUCCUUUUGCUCCACCAGCAAGGAAUUUGUAAGGGGGGGGGGAUUGCUCUGCUACUUGCAGCGGCCUAGUCUGCACCCAGAUUUUCCAGCUUCUCUCCUUGAGAAAGACAAGGCUAAAUUGGAACCAGUGCUCACUGACUGCUCAUAGCAUAGCAAAGAGGUGCCCUUUGGGCUAUGUGUAGCAAACUCGUCACCUGCCCAGCGUCACUGGAGGUGAAAGUAGAUCGGAGACGUUCUGCUGCCAUUCGGUUGCCCCGCAGAAGACGGUUCUCCCACUUUCACCUUGCCGAGUGUAUAGAUAACCUGCUUGCUCCUCUUCCCGUCUUCCUCGGUGUACAGAAAAAGAAAAAGAAAAAAAAAGAGCAAUCUCUCCAGAUCCAUGUAAAUAGAAGUAGCUGGUGAUGUUAUGUGUGUAUGGACCUUUCAUUGCUGUGUCGUGAUUUGUGUUGUUGUUUUUAGUUUGUUAUUUUUAAAAUAAGUCACCCUACCUGACGGGUUUUCACAGAACUUAUGUAUUUAUUUAAGAGGAGAAAGGCGGAGAGGCAGCUGGAAAACCCAUCUUGGCUGAUCUAAAAACCACACGAGAAAGCCAAAGGGUUCUUCGUUAUUUUGGAAUGGUUUCUCCACUGCUUUCCUUUCCUAAAACAGACCUGCGUUUGCAGGGGUUAAGUUGAACCUGAUGUCAUUCAUUCCCCUCAGUUCAGUAGCCUCUUUCCCUAGCACCGACUGGGGCAGGUUGGGGUUGAAUUCUGUCAACAGCCACUGUUACCUUCCCCCUACCAGUACUCCUAUUCCCCCUUUCCCAUUGCUAUCCUUAAUUUAUUUUUUCAGUGAAGCUCUAUACGUUUGUUUUACAAAUUCUUGGACACCAUCUGCCCUCUCUCUUUCUCUCUCUCUCUCUGUCUCUCUUUUUUGAAGUUUACUUUAAUGGAAAAAAAAUAUGCUGUACUGUAUUUAAAAAACAAAACAAAACCUGUCAGAAGUGUCAAAAUAAAUAAAUUCAGUUUCCUAAAAUGAGCAAACAAAGAUCACUGUAUUAAGGAGAUAUUGUGAAGAAAUAAAAUGGCUAAUCACAAAAGCGUUUGAUGUCAGAGUUCCUGUGAAAGAAAUACAAUGUAAUUUUGCCUGAAAGUGGUAAUUAAGGAUCAGGGGAAAUUAUUAGAGAUGCAGAUAAAAAAUAUUUCCCCCUGUCUAGAUCAUUCAAAGAGGUACUUAACAGUAUACAUAUUCAGACCCACCAGAUUCAUUGAUAAAGAAAUAUAAUAUUGUGUGGAAGAAUAAUUGUGCAGUUAGUUGGCGGUAUCUUCUUGCAGAUAAGAAACUUGCAUAGAAAAAAUUCUCCUAGGCAGAUCUCCUUCACUGUAUAAGCACAAGGGGCUUUGAUCAGCUGAGAAAUUAUUUUCCAGACCCAUUCAUUCUAUUGGUUACAUUAGCCAAGAAUAUUUUGGAAGCUUCUUGUAGAAUUGAAAGACUCAAGUUUUAAAACAGUGGAACAACUUGCCUCCAGAAGUUGUGAAUUCUCCAAUACUGGAAGCUUUUAAGAAGAGAUUGGACAACCAUUUGUCUGAAAUGGUAUAGGGUUAGGGUUAGAGCAGGGGGUUGAACUAGAAGACCUCCAAGGUCCCUUCCAUCUUGUUAUUCUAUUCUAUUCUAAACUGUAAGGCCAAAUCCUUUGCAUCUGAAUUCUGAGAAACAGAGUAAUGACUGAUAAACUUCAUGUAGUCUUCAACUUACAACCAGAAUUGAGUCCAUAAUUACGGUCGUAAGUUGUGACAAUGCCUGAUUUUACAACCUUAUAUGCAUUGGUCAUUAAGCGAUCCUAUUGUCCUCUAUGUCAGUGGUCUCCAACCUUGGCAACUUUAAGCCGGUGAAUGGCGCAGGCUGGUAAGGCCUGUUAUUAAGAACAGCCUGUUAUUAAGAACACAAAGCCUGCAAUUACUGCAGGUUCGAGCCCGGCCCAAGGUUGACUCAGCCUUCCAUCCUUUAUAAGGUAGGUAAAAUGAGGACCCAGAUUGUUGGGGGGGCAAUAAGUUGACUUUGUAAAAAUAUACAAAUAGAAUGAGACUAUUGCCUUAUACACUGUAAGCCGCCCUGAGUCUUCGGAGAAGGGCGGGGUAUAAAUGUAAAA